AUGAGUGAGGCAAGUGAGGAGGUAAUUCUGUUACACUUCUGGACUAGCAUGUAUGGCAUGAGGGCAAGAGUUGCACUGGAAGAAAAAGAAAUUAAGUACGAGCACAAACAUGAGGAUCUAGAUACUGGCAACAAAAGCGAGUUGCUCUUGAAGAUGAAUCCAAUUCACAAGAUGAUUCCGGUUCUGAUUCACAAUGGAAAACCUGUUUGCGAAUCCCUCAUUAUAGUUGAAUACAUUGAUGAGGCGUGGAAAGGUAAAACAUCACUCUUGCCUUCUGAUCCUUACGAGAGAGCUCAAGCCAGGUUCUGGGCUGAUUUUGUUGACAGAAAGGUGUAUACAUAUGGCCGUCAAGUCACGUGGUCAAGAAAAGGAGAAGAGCAAGAAGCUGCAAAGAUUGGCUUGAUAAGCUCCAUCAAGACGCUGGAGGAGGAAGCCCUCGGAGACAAACUUUACUUUGGGGGUGAAAAGUUUGGGUAUCUUGACGUUGCUGUUAUUGGACUCUGCAGUUGGAUGCAUACCUAUGAGACCGUUGGCAAGUUUAGUGCAGAGAUCGAGUGUCCGAAGCUGAUGGCCUGGGCUAAGAGGUGCAUGGAGAGGAAUAGUGUCUCCAAGUCUCUUCCUGAACCCGACAAGCUCUACAAAGGCAUUAUGGAAUUGAAGAUGUCUUUUGGACUUGAAUAA